AUGCCAGCGUCGCGUUCGACCCAGUCUCCCUGCGCCCCUCCUUCCACAUCCUCUGGGGUCUCCCCGGCACCUCCCACGCCCUCUCUCUCGCUGCCUGCCGCGGCCUGCCCCCCUCCCUCGCCGCCAGAGCCGCCAGGCUCGCCCAUGCUGCGAGUCUGGAGGCAGGGGAGGAUGAGGAGGAGGAGGAGCGGGAUGAGGAGGAGAGGAGGGAGGGAGAGGAGGGCAGGGCAUGAGGGGAGAGAAGGCAAGGGGGGAAGAGAGGAGGUCUUGGCAGCGAGGGAGGAGAUCUCCUGUGUUGUUGCCGCUUUUCAGGAAGCCUCCCUUGCUGGUGUUCCGGAGCGGGCGGCGACGGAACAGGCCUGUGCUGAUGUGGCAGCAGUGGCGGCUUUGGCGGGCCUCUCUCCCGAAGCUGAUUCUGCUUUGGUUUCAGAUUCUUCAGUUGGCUCCUCGGGGGGGUAUUCGGGAGGGGCUGACUGGGUUCCUGUUCUGGGGGAGCCCGUGUAUGUGAGGAGGUUCGGCACCAGUAUGCGUGGUACGGUGGUGGCAGUGGGCGGUGGUUCGGGAGAGGGCUCGGCAGAAACAGCAGGUGCUCGGUCUGUGACGGUUCAACUGGGAAAUCUGCGAUUGCAAGUGCAGAGAGCAGACCUCCUUCCCGCCGCCGAUGGCAGUGGUGGUGGUAGGACUGAUGGAGAGGCAGGAAGGAGGGGGCCCACAGGAGGGCUGUUUGGCAGCCAAUGGGAACAUGAUGAUGACAGUAACGAUAGCAGCAGCACGAAUAGUACCAGGGGAUUGAAGCGUGGUUGUCAGUUCCCCUCCCCGUCCUCCUCCUCCUCCACUCCUCUGCCAGUAGUGAGAGAGGCAGCAGUGCAGACAGCGCAAAACACAGUGGAUGUGAGGGGGCGGAGUGCAGAGGAUGCAUUAGCAGCGGUGGACGUAGCAGUGCAGUCCAGCCCGCCUGGUGCUGUGCUCUUCAUUGUGCAUGGGCUGGGCACUGGGGUGCAGCGUGCGGGGGCAGAGCGCCUCAUGCUCAUGGACCUGGCGAAUCUGCGCCUCUUUGGCGCUUUUCUGCAGCGCGCCGAGCUCAAAGUUGACCUGCUUGGACCCAUUUCUGAGCUGGAGCAGCAGUACUACAGUGCUUCCUGCAUCGUGCCGAGCUCAAGGUGGACCUGCUGGGUCCCAUCUCUGAGCUGGAGCAGCAGGUGUGUGCAUGUUGCUCCCGCUGUGCUCCUCCCACCUGUCAAAUCUGGCUAUCUGCGUCGCUUUGGGGCCUUCCUGCAGCGCAUGGAAGUCACUUUUGAGAAUUCUCAACAGCGCAUGGAAGUCAGAGUGGACCUGCUGGGCCCCAUCUCUGAGCUGGAGCAGCAGCUGGAAGGGGGCGAGACAGUGGGUGGGAGGAGGCGGAGGAGCAGGCAUGACAGACAGACCUUAAGAUAUGUGCUGCCCUUUUCCUUCUUCCCUCGUCCCUCCUCCCUCGCGCCGCUUGCACAUGGGGGGAUGCGGAGCAGCAGGCGCACAGGCAGACAUGGUGUGGGUCGUGGCGGGAGUAGCAGGGCGGAGAGCACAGAUAGGGUGGGGAGGGUGGGGAGGGAGGAUCAUGCGGGGAAGAAGGCAAGACCUGGGGAUCGGCAACGGGCUGAAGGUGGUGGGAGGAGUGCGGAGGUGGAUACAUGGUCGUCACCUGUCAUUGUGCCAGCAGCCAUACCAGGCCUCGUCACCAGGGGGCUACUGGUGAUGGACUUUAUAGAUGGCACACCCAUCCUGAGGCUACCAGAGGAGAUGCGCAGGCGAGGCAUCAGCCCCAGUGGUGCUCUCGCAAGGCAGACCAAGAGAACCCCUCUUCCCGACCCUUUCAUCCUCACAAUCUUCUCCCGCCUGCCUCCCUACUCCACCAUUCCCCCUCCUCACUCCCCCAACGCCCCUCCCUCCUCAGUCGUAUCUUCUCUGCGUUAUCUACAGCUUACGGGUAGCGAGGUUGUUUUUGAGACGUCUCAAAGCAGCUAUCUUCUCUGCUACACGUCUGCAUUAUCUACAGCUGACGGCCGCAUGCUGCUGCUGGACGGGGCCGCAUCCACGCGGCCUCCGCAUGCAAAAUUUCACUCUUUUCUUCCUGUCUCCCCAUGCGCUUCCCUCCCCAUGCAGCAGCAUGCUGCUUUGAGACCGCUAUCAACAGCGUACGGCCGCAUGCUGCUGCAGCACGGGCACUUUCAGGCGGACCCCCAUCCGGGCAACAUUCUCGUGUGUGCGGGGGGCAGGGUGGCUCUGUUGGACUACGGGCAGACCAAGCAGUUGCCUGAAGCGUUGAGGCUGAAUCUGGCUCGCUUGGUGGUGGCGAUAGCCGAUGAAGACAUGCUGGUUGUGGGCUCCUGCUUCAGGGCGAUGGGGAUAGAGACGGCCAAGACAGCAGGGGUGCACCCCAACAGCUUCCGCCGCAUGGCCAUGAUCAUGUUUGAUACCGGCACUGGUAACGGGGUUACCAGCGCCAACCCGUUUGGGGCGGAGAGCUCACUUAAGAGCAAUGCUAUGAAGGCGUUCCCAGCAGACAUCUUCUUCAUAGUGCGCACCAUGAUGCUGCUCAAGGGCCUCGCAACCGGCAUGGGUCUGUCAGUGUCCACCGCCAAGCAAUGGCGCCCCAUGGCCCUGCGGGGGCCUAUUGGUGAUGGACUCUAUCGAUGGCACGCCCAUUCAGAGACCAUUCUUAAACUGAGGCAUUCUUGCUUGCCGCACUUUCCUCCACCUGCCUUUUUCGUGGCUCUACCAGGGGGCUACUG